ACUAAUAUAAUCCCUGGUAAAACUCUGGAGCCUGGAUCUCACAACACAGAAGCCACAACUUCCAUGGGAGGAACGGCGAGUACCCAAGCAGGACUUCCAGGAGGUACCACGGGAGCAUCAGCGAGUGCUACCACGGGAGCCAAAAAGAAAAUUACAGGUGGCACGGACUUCAGAGAAGCUGGAUCAGGGGCCCCGACUGCACCCACAAUAGGACGUGAGGAAGAGACCUCAGCCAGCAAACCAAGCCCAGGAGCGACAAGCCCAGGAAAAUCAGAGGCCACGACGUUCACGGGAGGUAGCGGCGCCCCUGGAACUGGACCCAGACCCGAAACCACUGUCGCACCACAAGGCCCAGCAACUGGGAGUAUGACAGGCACCACUGGGGUAGCCCCAGGCACAGCUGUUGGCCCUGGCACCUCCAACACAGGUAUAGUCUCCGGACGAACUGCGCCCCCUGAAAUUUAUAUCACGGAGGCCACAACUUCCAUUGGAGGAGGCGGGACCACGCAAGCAGGACUUCCAGGAGGGACCACGAGGCUUUCACCCGGAGCCAGCAGCGGCUCACAGAGUUCCAAGCCAGGCACCUCUGUCGCACCGGGGAGUCCAGCGACUGGAAGUGCAACAGGUGCUACACGGGGACACUCUGGGACAACCAUUCGACCUGGGAGUUCCCGCACUGAGGCCACGACGUUCACGGGAGGUAGCGGCGCCCCUGGAACUGGACCCAGACCCGAAACCACUGUCGCACCACAAGGCCCAGCAACUGGGAGUAUGACAGGCACCACUGGGGUAGCCCCAGGCACAGCUGUUGGCCCUGGCACCUCCAACACAGGUAUAGUCUCCGGACGAACUGCGCCCCCUGAAAUUUAUAUCACGGAGGCCACAACUUCCAUUGGAGGAGGCGGGACCACGCAAGCAGGACUUCCAGGAGGGACCACGAGGCUUUCACCCGGAGCCAGCAGCGGCUCACAGAGUUCCAAGCCAGGCACCUCUGUCGCACCGGGGAGUCCAGCGACUGGAAGUGCAACAGGUGCUACACGGGGACACUCUGGGACAACCAUUCGACCUGGGAGUUCCCGCACUGAGGCCACGACGUUCACGGGAGGUAGCGGCGCCCCUGGAACUGGACCCAGACCCGGUGAGAAAGGGUCCUUGCCGUGUGGGGUUUGCCGUUAA